UGAAUGAUGGUAAGGAGAUAGCUGUGAAGAGACUUUCGAGCAUCUCAGGCCAAGGCAUAGCAGAGUUCAAGAAUGAGAUCCUUCUAAUAUCCAAACUGCAACACCGAAAUCUGGUGAGACUUGUCGGUUACUGCACAGAAGGAGAAGAAAAGAUAAUAGUGUAUGAGUACUUGCCGAACAAGAGCCAGGACGACUUUCUUUCUGAUUCAACAGAGAAGGCAAAACUUCACUGGGCCAUACAAGAGGGCUGCCCACUUAUAUACCAAAGGACAAAACCGUGAGACUCGGUAUGGGAUAGGCCAAAGCGGACAAUACCUCGAGCAGGUUUUGGUUGCCGAUCUCUUCUCUGAGGAUGGACGAGCUAUCAGAGCAGAGAUUGAGUCUUGGGGUUCGCCGCUUCCUUCCUUGUCUGGAACCCAAGAUCGGUUCUGUUGGAGGGAGGACUCGAUGGGCUUGUUCUCGGUGGCCUCGCCUUGGGAGGCCUUAAGGAGGAAGAAGGCCAGAGUCAAUUGGCAUUGUUUCAUUUGGAGUAAUGCCAUCCUGCCUCGCUACCAACUGAACCUAUGGCUCAUCACCAAUAGAAGGUUACCUACUCAGUCUCUUCUCAUGUCUUAUGGUAGGAUUGAUGCUGUUUCCUGCCCUUUUUGCAAUGAGGUGCAUGAUUCAAUCAAUCAUCUCUUUUUUGGUUGUCGCAUUACCUCGAGUAUUGCCUUUUUCUGGGCUACUAGAUGCAAUCUUCCACGACCAACGGGACUUGGGAGGAGACUCUCCGUUGGGCCAUUACCUUGCUCGGCGGCAAGGAGUUUUAUAAGUGUGUUGCCCGGUUCUCCUUUGGGGCGUGUCACAUCAUCUCGGAGAAACAAGAAUAAUAUUCUGUUCGGGGGAGCCGUUAUCUAUUUCGGCCAUGAAGAAGCAUCUCCUCAAGGUUGUUAA